UGUUACAACUGCAGCAGCAACAGUUUUACGGUUUGAACAGCACAGGUUAAGACAAAAUAUUAGAAGCUAUUGUGCAAAAUACAAAAUGUAGGUGAAAUGAUUUGGUGUGAAGUAUUUCCUUCCUUAACCUCCUGACUGUGUUUAAAGAAUUUCUGUUUGGUUCCAUCAUGGCGGAGGGAAACCACAGCUCCACAGUGACUGAAUUCUUCCUAACAGGUUUCCCUGGACUUCAUCUGGAGUACUACGGUCUCGUCUCCUUUGUUCUCUUCCUGGUCUAUUCUUUAACGUUAAUCGGCAAUGCAACGUCAUUUUUCUUGUUCUUGAGCGACCGUCGCCUCCACAAGCCCAUGUAUUAUAUCAUUCUGAACCUCAGUGCGUGUGACAUUCUCUUUAGCACCACCACUUUGCCCAAGAUCAUCAGUAAGUACUGGUUUCACUCAGGAACCAUUUCCUUUGACGGCUGCUUUGUUCAGAUGUUCUUUGUUCACUACCUGGGGUCGGUGAACUCCUUUAUACUUUUCCUCAUGGCCUUGGAUCGGUACCUGGCCAUCUGCCAUCCGCUCCGACAUCCUCACUUCUUCAAACCCUCCACUGUUCUCAUCCUCAGUGUUACUGCCUGGACUCUGGCCACCCUCAGUGCACUGUUGAUGGUUAUCAGAGCAUACCCUCUCCCUUACUGUGUUCCAACUCACUUCCUGAAACUAAAAAAACAAACAAACUCAAGACUUAAUGUGCUUAUUCUCUUCUUUUUUUGUAAUUCCAUGUCUGUUGCAUCUUGUUUAAUGUCCAACUCUUAGAUAAUCAUGUCUUUUGCCAAUGUAACCAGAAUGAGGAGCUUCUUCAUCCUGGGAUUCCCUGGACUUUCUCCUCAGUUCCACGGUCCUGUAUCAGCUCUGCUCUUUUUCGUCUACAUGUCAAUUGCGAUAGGGAAUAUUUUCAUUUUAGUCUUUGUGUUAAGUGAGAGGUCUCUCCAGAAGCCAACCUACCUGGUCUUCUGUCACCUGGCACUGAACGAUCUAACCUUUGGCACCGUGACUCUUCCAAAGAUCAUAUCUAAAUACUGGUUGGACGACAGCGUGGUAACAUUUUACGGCUGUUUCACGCAGAUGUUUUUUGUCCAUUACUUGGGGUCGGUGACGUCCUUCAUCCUGUUGGUGAUGGCUCUGGACCGGUUUGUUGCCAUAUGUGUCCCUCUGCGUUACCCUGUCCUCAUCACUAACCAGAUCAUCUCUGUGCUCUGCGGCUUCGCCUGGUUCAUACCUCUGCCCCUGAUGGUGUUCGUGGUGCUUCACGUUCUGACUUUACCGUUCUGUAAAUCAAAUGUCAUUGCUCAGUGUUACUGUGACCACAUCUCCAUAACCAGCCAGGCCUGUGGCGAGGAGGUGCGGGUAGUCGCCGUCUCCUCUCUGUGUGUAGCCAUGUUUUGUCUGCUCCUUCCAUUAGCUUUCAUCCUGUUUUCUUACAUUUCAAUUCUUGUAGUUAUUCUAAAAAUGACAAACGCCGCCGGCCGCAAAAGAACCCUGUCCACGUGCACGCCACAAAUAUUCAUCACCUGUCUUUUCUACCUUCCCAGGUGCUUUGUCUACGUGUCGAACACUGUGGGAUUUUCCUUCAGCCUAGACGUUCGUAUUUUACUAAUACUGCUGUACAGUCUUCUGCCUGCAGCGGUCAAUCCUCUCAUAUAUUGUUUCAAGACACAGGAUAUCAAGCAGAUGUUGCUACGGAGGUGGAGUAAAAGUAGAAUUGGAAUUGUGGUAAAACUGUCAUUUCACUGAAAAGUUUGACAAAUGUUUGUUUUUCAGGCUACCAGUCUGAUAUCAUCCAAUAAAAACACACAUGGAUUUUAAAAAUAAGUGUACACCAAAUGAAAAAUAUUUUUUCCAAAGCAAAACAUAUCACUUUUUAAUGUGGACACCAAACUGAACUGUCAAUCUGAUAUUAUUCCGAGUUCUACAAACUUUAGUUCAGCCUCUUAGUGUCAGUCUUUGGUGUAAAACUAACUGUA